GACUCAAUAUCAAACAUGACUAACCCAACAAUUUCUCCAUUUUAAUUGAUUGUCUUCUCUUCUCUCUUCUACUAUUUGAAACUGUUGCCAACUAUUCAGGUGUUGAACGAGAUAAAAAGAAGCCAAAAUUCAUUCGAUUGUUAUUGUAGACUUUUCAUCAGUCUUUUAGUGAGCAUAUUUGUUUAUAUACACUGAAUUUUUCUUCAAUCUUUAAAUUCUUAAUUUUUGUUAUUGUAGACUUUUCAUCAGUCUUUGGUGAGCAUAUUUGUUUAUAUACACUGAAUUUUUCUUCAAUCUUUAAAUUCUUAAUCUCACUUCCAAAAUGGGGAGAACCAAAAAGCCAGUCAAAUAUGCUGUGAUUGAUGCAUUUACUGAAUCAGAGUUCAAGGGUAAUCCUGCUGCUGUUUGUUUACUAGAAGAGGAAAGAGAAAGUGAAUGGCUUCAAUCAAUUGCUGCUGAGUUCAACAAAUCUGAAACUAGUUAUCUUAUUCGUCUUCCUGUUACUGAUUCCCCACAUCCCAGAUUUCAUCUCCGUUGGUUUACUCCUGUUACUGAGGUAGAACUCUGUGGCCAUGCAACCUUAGCAGCCGCGCACUUUUGUUUCACAUCUGGUUUGGUAAAGGAGAAUACAAUAGAAUUUUUAACACAGUCUGGCAUCUUGACAGCCCAGAAAGUGAUUGAACCAAAGGAGUCUGCCUCACUUGUGUCUGAUAAAGGUGAAGUGGAACAACCGUUCAUGAUUGAAUUAGAUUUUCCCGCUAUUGCAACAUCUGAAUGCAGUUUAGAUGAGACUUCGUCUAUAUCAAAAGUAUUAAGUCCUGCCUCUGUGAUCGACAUGAAGAAGACUGCUUCAGAAGAUCUCUUUGUUGUCUUGCCAUCUGCAAAAGCUGUUACAGAUACACAAGUUGACUUUGAGGAACUUAAAAAAUGCCCUGGUCGGGGUUUGGUCAUAUGUGCAGCUACACCAUCUGAAUCUGGGUUCGAUUUUGUUAGUCGAUGCUUCUACCCAAAGAAUGGCAUCAAUGAGGAUCCAGUUACUGGUAGUGCGCAUUGUGCUUUAGCAUACUAUUGGUCCAAGAAGACAGGGAAGUCUGAUUUUACUGCAUACGCGGCAUCAUCUCGGAGUGGAGUAUUGAAGCUGGACAUAGAUGAGCAGAAGAAUAGAGUUAAACUCGGGGGAAAAGCUGUUACUGUGAUGGAAGGCUCUGUUGUAGUGUAAACUUGAAGGUGUCUGUUAGUUGAACUGGAUUUUGAAUGAAUAAGCCAUUUGAUGGCAUUUGUGCUGGAAAUAUUUUACUUUCUUUGAUUAUUAUUAAAAUAAAGUUGAAUUGCGCAAA